AUGGCCGACUCCAAGCCCACGAUCCUAUUAGCCCCUGGCGCUUGGCAUACUGCUGACUGCUUCGAUGUUGUCCGGGAUGCGCUGCACGCCCGAGGUUGGUCGACAGAGGCCGUCGAUUAUCCAUCUGUCGGCGCUGAGCCACCAAACAAGGGACUCUCAGAUGAUGCCGCCGCCCUUCGCACAGCCGCCGAACGACUUGUUGGUGCGGGAAAGCAGAUUGUACUUGUUGUACAUUCGUAUGGUGGACUUGUUGGCGCCAACGCUGUUCAGGGCCUCGGGUACCAACAACGCCUCAAGCAGGGACUGCCUGGCGGCAUAAUCAUGUUUGUUUAUCUGGCCGCCUUCGUAACCCCGCUGGGUAAAAGUAUCAAGGAGAUGCUGGGUGGUCAAUUUUUGCCAUGGAUGAAUUUUCAAGAAAACUAUGUAUACCCGGAUACACCAGAGGUUAUAUUCUAUCACGAUAUGGACUCAGAAGCGCAGAAGAAGGCCAUAAGUGCACUGAAGCACCAGUCAGCAGCUGUCUUCACCGAUACUGUUACCUACGAGCCUUGGCAGGAUAUUGAAUGCAUGUACUUCUUCUGCGAUGAAGAUAAAGCUCUACCAUUACCGGUGCAGAGUCAGAUGGCAGAGUUGCUAGGUCCCAACGCAGCCAAGUUCCAUACGGUGGCUUCACACUCUCCAUUUUUGUCUCAGGUCGAGGAUGUCGUUAAAGGUCUGGAGCAUGCUGCCGAGGAAGGUCAAAGAAGAGCGACAGCUUGA